AUGAACCCGCCACUUCCUUUCCCUCCUUUUCACCCUCUGCCACCACCUCCCCCACCUUUCACCACCACCGCAGCUCCCGACCUCCCCACCGCCCUCUCCAAUCUCACUUCUCUCCUCCACAACACUCAAGCCACCCUAAACUCCCUCUCUUCUCUCCUGCCAUCUUCACCUCCAUCCGCCGCCCUAAUCCCUUGCCCUUUUAACACUAACCACCGCCUUCCCGCUUCCUCCAUCUUCUCGCACUACCUCUCUUGCCCCUCCUCCCUGAGCCCCCUGAACCCCCAAGCUCUCCUUCACUCUCUGAACUACCCCAAAACCCUCCAUUCUUCGUCGGAAAACUCCUUCACCCAGCCCCUCCAGAAUCCUAGCUCUACCGAACUCUGCUUUUCGCUAGAAAACUAUUUGAAUUCACCUCAAGAAAGUCAUUUUUAUUCUAAUUGUCCUGGGGCAGUUGUCAUUACUCCUUAUAAAUAUGAUUUUUCAUCCUCUCCACCUCCUAUGCUCACAUUGCCCGGGUUUUUAUCCGCCGAAUGUGCUAAUUUUACACACGCUAAUGGGCGUUUAGAUGAUAAGGGUUUUGAUGUGUGGCCCAUUAGGCUUCUCCCUUCGGAGAUUUGGGCUGUUAGGAAUGAAAUUGAGGCUUGGGUUGGUUAUCCUAGCUCGUAUUCAUAUAGAGUGCUUAUAUGUAUUUUGAGGUCGUGGAAGAGUAAUUUGUCAUUUUUGCACCCAUGGAUUAUCGCGAAUUCACCCAAAUAUGGCGUGGUUAUUGAUUUGGCAAUGGUCCCUCAUAUACUCUUAUUGUUUAGGUUUUGUUUGAAAGCUGUCACUAGGGAAGCUAUUGGUUUUUUGGAUUCUUUAAUUAGUAGCAAAAGGGAGGAUAAGAUUCAUUGUCCGGUUUUAAGUAAAGUAAUGAUGUGGUUAGGGUCCCAACUUGCUCUGUUGUAUGGUGAAACUAAUGGAAAGUUUUUGGCUAUUGACAUGUUCAAACAAUGUGUUUUGGAUUCAGCAUUGAGCUCUUCAUUUUUCCCUGUGGCAGAGAUAUCCAAUGAAUCCGCUAAAUUGAAUGAACUGGAUGAUAAGCUUGAAGGGCCAGUUGAAAAGUGUGGGAAGAAUGAGAGAAAUAGCAUGGUGCAUGAGACUGUUCAAAGCAGCGUGAUUUUUGCUUCCCAGGUAGCUGCUGCUGUUGCUUCAUUGUACGAGAGGUCUUGGCUUGAAGAGAAAAUUAAGAUGUUAAGGGAUACACGGCCACUUACUGCAUAUCAACGAGCUGUAGAACAUGAACACAUAUCUAGGAGAGCUGAUGAGGAGCUGCUGAAACGUUCUGACUAUAGACCUGUAAUUGAACAUGAUGGGGUACUCUGGCAACAGGCACAUAGCGAGGAGCCAAAUAGAGUAAAAACAAGAGAAGAGUUGCUGGCUGAGGAAAGAGAUUAUAAACGACGUAGAAUGUCUUACCGUGGCAAAAAGAUGAAACGAACAACAACGCAGGUGAUGAGAGAUAUAAUAGAUGAAUUCAUGGAUAAAAUUAAGCAAGCCAGUGGUCAUAGUUUUCCAAAAGACGGUGAAAACACAGAAGCAAGGGCUUUCGAAGGUUCUUCUCUGCACAACAGUUCUUCAGAUGCUCUUAAGCCUAGGAAAAGUGAAACAAAACUUGAGCUGAUCGGAAAUGAACAACAUGUUUAUGGAGCAUCUUUACAUUCUAAUCAUGCUCAUGGAUCCAUACAUUCUGAAGAUAAGUAUAUUGAACAUUAUAAGCAACACAAACGUACUUCUCAGCGGCAUGGUGAAAGUUUAGAUGACAACAGAAGUACUAAAAGGUCAAGACAUGACAGAAAGAGUUAUUCCAGAAGCCCAGAUCGACAGCGAAGUGGCUACCAUUUGCAUGGUUAUACAAGGAAUAGAGGGAGCCGAGAUGAUCCUGAAAGUUCUAGGGCAGCUAUCUCAAGAAGCUCAGAUACAAGUCGCAGCAAGUCAACUGAGCGAAAGACUAGCCGAAGAGAGGAUGAUGGGCGUAAUUCAGAACUUAGAAAUAGAGACAAAAGGAAGAAGCACAAUGAUAUCACAUCAGGUUCAGAGUUUGAGGACAGAUAUAAUCCCUUGGAAUCGCAUGAUGAUUAUGAUGAUGAUGCUUAAACCUUGCAGCUAUUUUAUUGAUUCACAUCUGCAAUGCUUGGAUAAUUUGAAGCAGUUCAAUGUCUUCCAUGAUGGCUUUCCUGAACUAUCUUUGAGAUAUUGAGUGGCUCUCUUGGUACUUUGGUGUUGCAGUUUAUCCACUCCUGUAUCCUCUUCUGUAUCCUUAGUUGUUAAAAGCUUUCUGGACAUCAAUUUUCUUCUGAAUGCAUGGCUUUAGUUUUUCCACAUGCAUUAAAGCAAAUAUUGUAUUUCCUUGCUUCUUGGUCUAUGCGUUCUGUUCAUUUGUGCGUGCUCAUCUGUCAUAUCUAUUUAUCUCAGUAUGAUAUGCUUCUGUUAUUGCGAAUUUGGCUAAUUACAGGUUGGCAAUAUCUUUAGUUGGAUGAAAAGGUGCAGAGUAUUGUGUGCGCUAUGAAUGUGUAGCAUUAGCAUGCUGGUUUCUGAGGUUUGCAGGGGAAGAAAGUGAGGUCUUUCUUCUAAGCAAGCAAAGCUUGCAUGGUUUGCGCUACUUGUUUAUCAUUGUCUUGCCAUCCUUGAUUGGUUGCAUGAUGUUUACCAGCCUUGUUGUAUUUACUGCAAAGAUCUUGAUUGUAUAUUUAAAAGUUCUGAGCCUCAUUUAGAUCC